GCGUUUUGGCCACUACCAGGCCUGCUUGUUUUCAGUUUACACUCAACGCUCGAAGCGUACGAACGCACAAACGAAUAGCCCCUCCCGCACCUAGUACAGCAUUACGAGCGCGUUACGGAAGAUCACGCGCCCCCGCUCACUGCAGAGAUUCGUUCCGAUCUAAACAACCCGAAAGCCACCAUCAUCACGUUAAAAGACGAGCAGCGGCUCAACGCGUUGGACACGUUAGUAGACAAUUUGAAGCCGCUGGUGAACGAGAUGCACAUUCAUCCGAGCUCGCCCAACUCGUCACAGUCGGAGGACGACGCCGCCACAAAAAUCCAGGCCGGAUUCCGUGGUUACCGGGUACGGAAGCAAAUCCGGCAAGGUAAGGGCGGAAGUGGUUCGUCAACUGCCAGCGGAUCCGGUCAGCAGCGAUCGCCCAAGGGCGGCAAGAAGAUGGGCGCUAGUCUGGAGGACAACUCUGCGGUUAAGAUACAGGCCGGAAUACGGGGCUUCCUGGUGCGUAAGCGACAGAAAGUGGCCACCGAGGCGGCCACCAAGAUUCAGGCUAGUUUCCGUGGCUUCAAAACCCGCAAGGAUCUGAAAACGACCAAGACGGAAAAGUAGUGAAAUGGAGUAUAGCGAACAAUUCCAGAAAAACUGCUGCCGAAUCAGUCAGUAAACACAAAGAAAGAAACGGAGACCUACUUUAAAUUUAGCCAGUUAAGCGUGUGAACAGUUUAUACAUAGAAACAUUGUACAUUUGAAUCUUGAAUGGUAACCUAGUUCAGAAGUGGUGCAGUGGUAGAGAAAAGCUGAAGAAACGCAAGGCCGGGCCAGAGUCCACCCCAGAGGGCAAUAACAAACAACGCGAGACUUUACAUUCUUGCGAUGUUGGAGCUGGUAGUCUCGAUAUAGCGGGAGUGAAAGUGAAGAGCGAUUAUCGAAUGCUUGCUCGCAGAGGGGUCUGGCUAUUACACCGUCAUCUGGCACUUGGCUGCUGGUUCUAUACUACAAGAAGAAGUGAGAAAAACAAGUUCUUCCAUAGUUUAUAGGUUUUAUGUGCGUAUGUGUGCACUGUUGCCUACUAGGUACUUCCCAUUUAUAUCUGAGUAGAUUCAGAAUGGAGUGCUGUGCUGGAAACACUCGCCCAUACAGAAUAUUUGAAUUAGGGUAAACACUAUUAUUCAAGUAGAAAAAUAACGUUUUAGAGAUUUUUUCCCAAUGAUACAUACAAUCUGGCAAACUACGUCGAAAAGCGUUAGAACGCGCUAUUAGAGGCAGUAGUCUCAUUCUACUCACUUUCUAAACAGUUAAAAAUAUAAUUGAAAAUCGUCAUUGAUUAGAAAAGGCGCACACUGGGCGUAUUUGAAUGGUGUUUUUCCUCACUCUUUUCAAAUAAAUAAUCACACACAGUGUUGUUCAGAGCAUAACUCUCGCGGAAAGAAGAACGCCCUCGUCUUGGUUGCUGAUUAAAAAAUUUAUAGAUUUUUUCGAGAUGUAUAGCAGGUGAGCAUGAAACAACAUAAACAAAGAACUUCCAAAGACCAAAAACAAACACUGUGGUUUCGGACAAAAAACUACAACCUUGGAAGAUAAAUCGUGCUUUCUACUAAUGACUACCUUUAAAACAACCAGUGAUUUUAGAAGCCUUUUGCUACGCUAUGAGAAAGCAAUUAAUAAUAAAUUGUAAUGUAUUUUGUACAAGUAUUUAUCUUAGAUAAGAAUAAGAAUCUUUGUUAGUAUCAAUAAAAAAUAGUUUCUAGAGAUGAAA